AUGUCUGUAGGCACAGAAAUAAAAAGGGAAGCCGAGGAGAAUGUAGAACAACCGGAAGCCAAAAAGAAACGGAUUUCCAAUGACGAUUUGUUCAGAAGAUCCACCCAAUUUGAGAUCUGGUCAUAUACUCAAGAAUCUCUAGACAAGACCAAGCGGGCUGCCAAUGCUGCUGGAGCCAAGAUAGCGACACAGAAGUUCAACGAAACAUUUGAAACAAUCGAAAAGGAACAGCCUGAAGUUUUUCAGACACAUAACGAGACUUUGAAUAAAGAUAAGUUGCUUACAUUGCUCAGUUUCGAAGAGGAAGCAAAGUACUUGAAUUACUACACGCAGAAUAUUAUCCCCAUAGCCAAAUUCUUCAAGAUGCCCACCCAGGUGAAAUUGACGGCAGUGUCGUUCUUCAGAAAGUUCUAUCUUUCCAAUUCGGUCAUGCAAUACCAUCCCAAGAAUAUCAUGUAUACGAGUGUAUUCCUAGCAGCAAAGUCAGAAAACUAUUUCAUCUCUAUAGAUUCAUUCAUCAAAGCGUUGAAAGAUACUGAAGCUAAAGACAUUUUAGAUCUUGAAUUUAUCAUCUUGCAGAGCUUACAGUUUACAUUGCUUGUGCACCACGCCUUUCGUCCAUUGUACGGAUUCUUUCUUGAUUUCCAAGCUGUGCUAUUGCACCCAUCCCCAUUGAUGUAUGACGUAUCGGUCAACACGUUAGGAAGCUUAUACGAUAAAGCAAAGACAUGGCUAAACGACAAUGUGGUGCUUAGCGAGGUCGCAUUCUUAUUUACUCCACCACAGAUAGCUCUUGCUGCCAUGUAUGAAGUAGAUAAAAGAAUCACAGAUAGAUACUUGAAGAGAAAGUUCUUGAAGGAACACCACGAACUUGAUGCUAUCAAAGAAGAAGAUUCUGGAGUUAAGAAAGAAGAUUCGGAAGUAAUUGAGAAGAUUGAAAGUACCGAAAGUGUAGAAAACGGCGAAGACAAGAAGGAUGGAGAAAACGAAACAGCUAAUGAGCACAAAGAAAAGUCUACAGUGGAGAGUCAAAGAGAGCAGUAUGAGACUUUAGUGAGGACAAUCAGAAAGUGUAUCAAGAUAGCGAAACAGGUUCAGACAUCCUCUCGUGAAGAAGUGAAGGAGAUUGACCGUAAAUGCUUCUAUGCUUUGAACCCUAAGAGAUUGAUAGAGAAACAGGUGAAAAAGGUCACCAAAGAAGCCACCACUUCAUAGAUGCCAGAAACUACAUUUCUCAAGAAACGAUAACUUUGAUAACGCAAAAUUUGUCAUAUUUGGUAAAUACAUAGAUGUAUAUAUUUCUGUAAAGACAGGGAGG